AUGCAACAGGCGAGAUCAUUGGUAGAGUUAAUUCGAACGGUGUCAAUUACAUUUAUCAAUCAGAGAAUGAAAGUCAUACCAAUUCGUGCCUUGAGUGAUAAUUUUAUGUAUCUUUUAGUCGAUGAAAGUACUAAGGAAUCAGCCAUUGUAGAUCCAGUUAAUUUAUCUGACAUAAACGAUACUGUCAAAAAAGAAGGCGUAAAGCUCACUUCUGCCUUAGUUACACAUCAUCACUGGGACCAUUCUGGUGCGACACAGGAGCUUCCUGAAUACUAUAAGGAUUUGAUUAUUUAUGGAGGUGAUAGUCGGAUUAAGAAUAUUACUAAUAAAAUUAAGGAUGGUGAUACUUUCAAGGUUGGUGACCUUGUUGUAAAAUGCAUACAUACACCUUGUCAUACUACUGGUUCGAUAUGCUAUUAUGUCACCGAUAACAAUGGAGACAAAGUUGUCUUUACGGGAGACACGUUAUUUGUUGCAGGGUGUGGACGUUUUUUUGAAGGUACUGCUGCAGAAAUGGAUAUCGCUUUGAAUGAUAAGCUGAGUAGUCUACCAAAUGAUACGAAAGUGUAUUGUGGACAUGACUAUACUGUAAGCAAUUUGAAAUUCGCUUGUUCUGUUGAGCCUAAUAACGAGGAAGCCAAAAAAAAAUUAGCAUGGGCUGAAGAGCAGCAAACGGCUAGAAAAUUUACUGUCCCUUCUACAAUUGCUGCAGAAAAACUUUUCAAUCCUUUCAUGCGUGUGCGAAUCAGUGAAGAAUUACGAGUCAUUGCAAAAUCAACAAAUCCUACUACCAUCAUGGCCAAAAUUCGAUCGAUGAAAAAUAAAUUCAAUGCUUAA